UAGAGAGAGAAAGGGACAGGAGGCAGAGGGAGGGAGAGCGGCGAGCGCUGAAACCGCCUGCUGCCCACUCCCCACCCCCCACUUCUUUCUUCCACCACCUCUUCCUCUUCCUCCUCCUCACCUGCCCCCUCUUCUUGGCGCGGAGGGGGAGAACCUUCCGUCCCUAUCGUUGUCUGUCGACGGAGUGCUACCUGCCUCGCAUCGUGGAUCCAAUCCGUGGCCCUCGGCGCGCGGGUAUGGAUUUCGACGGCGCCAUUGGUGAUCAGGGUGAGAUUUGGGGAUGGCAAAGUCAGGAGUAUAGUCUGCAGAAAGAUCUGUUAGCUGAUCCCUGUAGCAGCUUGUGGGCUGAAGCAAGCAACAAUUUGAGUGAUGAUUGGAGCAUGCUUGAUGAGCAAACUCCAAUUAAACAUUGUACCGACUUCGAGUUUCAGUUCUGCGAUAUAGGAGAUAUCAUCAUCAAGGACUUUGAAGAAGGGAAGGAAACGUUACAGGCUAAACGCAGACGCAUGCUGCAGUUCUGUCCAGAAAAUGUUGAGAUGACCUGUACUAUGACUGAAGAUGGGCUUUCAGAAAGUCUGCAAGUGAUGGAUUUUCCAGGUACAUUUUCAAUCAGUUCUGUUAGGCUUAUGGUGUUUACUUGGGUGUAUUCUUUUCUGUUCCUCCUAAUUAUGCUGGUAACUCCAGGUGCCAACUGUUUAUUGAACUCUGACGGGACAGAUGAACUGCCAGAAGAAUGGUUAGUCAAUUGCUCACAAGAUAGCGAGCCUCGUCUCCCAGCUGAAGAAAUGACUAGCCCUGCUACUGCCGUGGAAAAAGACAACAGUACCUCUGUGCAUCAGAAUUCUUCGCCUUGUGAACAAGCUAUUGUAGUUCACAACAAUCCUGUGCAAGCUAGACCUACACCUCUGAAAGCUGGGAGAAAUAUUAUCAGAGCAAAGAAGGUGAGAACAUCAGUGGCCUUCCCUUUCGAGCUUAUCAAGCCAUGCAGUAUCCUUGGCGCUGUCACACUGAAUGACAUCAACGAGAAGAUCCACGCCCCGCCACCAUACAAGAUCAAGCACAAGAAUGACGAGGAGCUGAACUCACACCAAGCUUCGGCUAUCUCCGGGAAACCUGUGGUCCACAUGACGAAGAUCCACACCGAAGGGGGAAAGGGAAGCAUCACGAUCACCAGAACAAUAGGCUAAGCUGACUAUUGCUAUGUAGGACAUUUGAUUUUGCAUUUCUAGUGCUCUGGGUUUGCCCCCAAUUGGUCUGUGGCCGAAGAAAUGCAUACCCUUAGUAGAGUGAUUGUAACAUUUCCCCCCUUGGGGAGCAUUUGCCUGUGCUUGCUGUUUAUGGGAUAGAUGUUAGAAUCUAGAUAGAGCGUGCUUGUUUUCUGCUGUUGAAAGGCGAAAUAGUUGGUGUAACCUGAUAAGUAUGGACAUAUAGGUUUGUUGAAGUUAUAUAAAAUCUGCGAGAUGUGAGCUUGACAGACUGAA